AAAAAAGAAGAAGAAAGAGACUUCCAAUUCCGGCCGUGAUUAGGAGGAGAAAUAAGGGCGGUGUGCCUAACAAGCAUCUCCGGAAAGUUUGAUCAUUCAACUUCUCUGCUUCAGUCUGUUCAUAAUAUAGAUAAGCAGGCAAGGAAAGCGUAUUCGUCAUCUUCGUAGCGGCGACAAAUUUAGGUUUUCCAUACUUCUUUCAACCAUUAUUCAACGAUGAAGAUCUUUCAGAGGCGAAUAGACCCUAACGGCCCAGGCAGCGUCAAGAUGGUUCCGGAAGAAGCCGAUGAUUUGUGGCUUGCUUAUAAUCUAAUAGCUCAGGGAGACACCGUGACUGCUCAUACUUUUAGGAAAAUUCAAAGAGAAGUUGCAUCUGGAGGAAGAGACUCAGAGAGAGUAAAGCUGAAGUUGGAAAUAAAAGUUGAGUCUGUUGAUUAUGACAAAGAAGGCUCUGUUUUGCGUCUCCGUGGAAAGAAUAUAUUAGAGAAUGAGCACGUGAAGAUAGGUGCAUUUCACACACUAGAGGUUGAGUUGCAACGGCCAUUUGUUCUUAAAAAGGAUCUUUGGGAUUCCCUAGCACGAGAUGUACUUCAUCAAGCCACUGACCCAGCUGCAAGUGCUGAUCUCGCAGUGGUUUUGAUGCAAGAAGGACUUGCAUUGUUUUUGCUUGUUGGGAAGAGCGUUACAACAACUCGUGCUCGAAUAGAAACUUCAAUACCUCGCAAACACGGGCCUUCUGUUGCUGGUUAUGAUAAAGCUUUGAAUAAGUUCUUUGACAACGUGUUGCAGGCAUUUGUGAGACAUAUUGAUUUCAAAGUCGUUCGGUGUGCUGUAAUAGCCAGUCCAGGCUUCACAAAGGAUCAAUUUCAUCGACACCUAUUACUUGAAGCUGAAAGGAAACAGCUGAGGCCCAUAAUUGAGAAUAAAUCUCGAAUAAUUCUAGUACACACAACCUCAGGAUACAAGCAUAGUUUGAGAGAAGUUCUGGAUGCACCAAAUGUCAUGAGUAUCAUAAAAGAUACAAAAGCAGCUCAAGAGGUCCGAGCUCUGAAGGAAUUUUUCAAUAUGCUUGCAAAUGAUUCUACGCGUACAUGCUAUGGACCCAAACAUGUUGAGGUUGCUCAUGAAAGAAUGGCCAUCCAAACACUUCUCAUCACCGAUGAGCUCUUCAAGAAUGUGGACGUAGCUACGAGGAAAAAGUAUGUGAACUUGGUUAACUCUGUGAAAGGUUCUGGAGGUUCUGCUCUUGUUUUCUCGUCCAUGCACGUUUCAGGAGAACAACUUGCACAAUUGACUGGAAUCGCUGCAAUCCUUCGUUUUCCUCUACCUGACCUGGAAGACCUUGAAAUGUAAAACAUAUUAUUUUCAUGGCAUUUUAUGUGUCUGCG